CAAAAGUUUCGUGCUCUUUAUUUGUUCAUAAUAAUAAGGCAGAACUGGUGGAACUCAGUUUUUAUUUGAAUUGUGUUCCUAUUGUGUAAACAUGUCGAAGAUUGUGCUCUAUGGCAUGGACAUUAGUCCUCCUGUGCGUGCCUGUCUGCUAACCCUACGUGCCCUUGAGGUGCCCUUUGAAUACAAGGAUGUUAACUUGCUGGCCGGCGAACAUAUGAGUGAGGAGUUCUUAGAAAAGAAUCCACAACAUACAGUACCGUUGCUAGACGACGAUGGCGCCUUGAUUUGGGACUCCCACGCCAUUUGCUGCUAUCUGGUUGACAAAUAUAGCAAGUCAGAUGAACUGUAUCCCAAGGAUCUGGUUAAGCGUGCUCAGCUGGAGCAACGCUUGUAUUUUGAUGCAAGCAUAUUGUUCAUGUCUUUGAGAAACAUCAGCAUACCUUAUUUCUACCAUAACGUAGCUGUGGUGCCGCAAGAAAAAAUUGACAAUGUCAAUGCUGGUUAUAAGCACCUAGAAGCUUUUCUCGGUGACAAUUCCUAUUUGACUGGCGAAAAUAUUACAAUUGCUGACUUCUGUUGUGGAGCUACAGCUUCCUCUUUGCCAGCUGUGCUGGAUAUCGAUCCGGAAACAUAUCCGAAAAUAACUGCCUGGUUGGAUCGCCUUAAUCUGUUGCCUUACUUUAAUGAAGUGAAUAAUGUGGGCGCCGAGAAAUACAUAAAUAUGUUGAAAAAUGAGCUGACCGUUGAAUGCUCUUAAAUUAAGUCUAAAAACAAAU